CCAUGUGACUCAUUGAGAUUAACAGCAGUUCUAAUCAGUAAUCAAGAUACUUAACAGCAGUUUAUAAAGUGCAUAAUAAUGGAUUGGGUAGGCAAAUCUUCCCACCCACAACAAUAUCUAACUUUUUAGCCAAGAAAGUCUUUUUUCAUAUUUUACUAAAAGAUCUCCCCUUCUGUCUUUGAUCCCUCCAGAGCCUACAGUCACUAGAGAUCUAUAUAAACCCAGUUUCCUCAACAGUGCUAGCACCCUCAAAUGUUUUGAUUAAUGAAAAAGAAGAUUUUCUUGACGUUUCUGGUUCAGCAAAACGGUCCCUGAUUCGGAUAACAAGUCUCCCCACGAAACCCAACUCAGAAAUUCUCCAUCUUUUUGGUUCAUUUGAGAACAAAAGAUGCCCCUUCCAUGUCCCUUUCUAGCUGGAAUCUUCAAGACAUUCGCCUUCUUUUCAUCAUGAAAAGCAAAACCCAGAAAACAGAGACCGAAAAAAGGAUAUAAUUUCUCCUCCUCUGUUAUAAUUAGCCGCUAGUGGUCACCGGAUAAGCUUAAUUUUUCAGUACGUCUGACUAGCAAUGGUGAAUAUGAAUCGGCGACUACUCGAGUCGGAUCAGCUAAGCAUGCCGCCGGCGGAUGCCAACGGAACACACGAUUCGUACAUAAACGAGACCAAUUUCGAUACAAACAUGGUCAUAAUACUGGCCGCCUUAUUGUGUGCCUUAAUUGGUGCACUGGGUCUCAAUUCAAUCGUCCGUUGCGCGCUUCGUUGUAGCCACAGAUUUUCCACAGAGACUCCUGAACAAGCCGCGGCGCGAUUGGCCUCGACUGGACUGAAGAAGCGAGACUUGAAACAGAUUCCGGUGGCGGUGUACGGCGGAGCGGGAGUUGGGAUUACGGCUACGGAGUGUGCGAUAUGUUUAGGGGAGUUUGUGGAUGGAGAGAAAGUGAGAGUACUGCCAAAAUGUAAUCACGGAUUCCAUGUGAGGUGCAUUGACACGUGGCUCGUUUCACACUCUUCGUGCCCAAAUUGUCGGCAUUCGUUGCUUGAGAAGCAGACAACGGCGGCACCUUCGACGGUGGCGGAGGAAGUUUCUUCGGCAACGACCAAUGGGCCCCGCCAGCAAGGUAAUGUUACCGUCGUUGUUGAAGGGACAGGUUGAGUCAUGGCCCUCCAUGUUCUGCUCAUCUACCCAUAUGGGUUUGUCAUGUCAAAGUUGUUUUCUUUUCUCUGUAUGAUUGGAACUCUUGUAGUAUUUGCAAUUUCAAAUGUCAGUAGGAGUGUAAAUUGUCAUUUAGGGGUAAUGUAAUUUUUCGUCAUUCAAAGAGUUACCCGUUACAAUCCAUUUUAGGGGUAAUGUAACUUUUCAUUAUCGAAUGAGUUAUCUGUUACAAUCCAA